AUGGAGUCCACCGCGCCGUUUGUGGAAGUGGGUACACCCAAGCACGUCCAAGGGAUCGAUCGUCUCGACGUUGCCUUCCACGGCCUCAAACACUGCGACACGGAGACGGGAAGCAAGGACAGCGAAGCACUGGAAGGCCAAGUCGUGACCAUGUCGGAGCUCUUUGCCUACGCGGACAAUUUCGACAAGCUCCUGAUGGUCCUGGGCGCCAUUGGAGCGUUGACUGCCGGCGUGGCUCAGCCGCUUCAGAUUGUGCUCUUUGGAGACGUGGUCAAUACGUUUAACCCCUCGGACGUUGACGUGGAUAUCGAGGGCGAGAUCGGCACUGUCGCGCUGUACUUUGUCUACGUCGGCAUUGCGGUCUUUAUCGCCGGGAGUUUCCAAGUCGCGUGCUGGACCAUCACUGCUUCGCGUCAAGCGAAGCGCAUCCGAAGCGAGUACGUGAGCGCGAUUUUGACGAAAGAAAUUGGCUGGUUUGACGUGAACGAGCCCAUGGAAUUGGCUUCACGUGUCGCUGAAGCGACGGUCACGAUCCAAGAAGGUAUGGGUCGGAAAGUCGGAGAUGGGCUCAAUUUCUUUUCGAUGGCGGUCUCAGGCAUCAUCAUUGGACUCGUGAAAGGCUGGCAACUUGCACUGAUCCUGCUUGCCUUUACUCCGUUCAUUGCCGUGACGGCGUUCUUGGCCAUGAAAGUGCUCUCGACCGCCACGCAAGCUGGACUCUCGUCGUACGGUAAAGCUGGUGCUGUGGCCCAGGAAGCACUGAGUAAUGUGCGCACGGUGCACAUGUUCAACGCGAUUGGCCACUUUGUUGCCAAGUACGAUGAGGCAUUGAGCCUGUCGACGACGGCAGGGAUAAAGAAGGGGUAUGCUGUUGGAUGGGGCACUGGACUCAUGUUUGGCACGGUCUUUUGCACGUAUGCAGGUGGCAUGUACUUUGGUGCGCUUAUGGUCGCUAAUGAUAAUCUCGAUGGCAACACAUGUACUGGCUACAACUGUUACGACGGCGGGAGAGUGCUCACGGUAUUCUUUGCUAUUAUCAUGGGCGCCAUGGCGCUCGGACAAGCUGCCCCAAGCGUCGAGGCGAUCACAUCUGCGCGCGCUGCUGCAUUUCCAGUGUUCCAAACGAUCAGACGUCCGUCGCUAAUUGAUCCGAUUAAGGACGAUGGCAAGAAGCUGGACAAGGUUACCGGUCGCAUUGAGAUCGAUCGCGUAUCGUUUGCUUACCCGUCGCGCUCGAACGUGCAAGUGUGCAGUAACUACUCGCUCACGAUUUCACCCGGAGAGACCACAGCUCUUGUCGGCCCUAGCGGCAGUGGCAAGAGCACGAUUGUAUCGCUGCUUGAGCGUUUCUACGAUCCGUUGAGUGGUUUGGUGACAAUUGAUGGUGUGGAUUUGCGAACGCUGAACGUGAGAUGGUUGCGCUCACAGAUUGGAUUAGUAGGUCAGGAGCCAUCGCUUUUUGCGACGUCGAUCAUGGAGAAUAUUCGUUAUGGAUGCCCUUCAGCUACGGAUGAAGAGGUGAUUGAGGCAGCGAAGAUGGCGAAUGCGGACAGUUUUAUCAAGGACUUUCCCCAGGGAUAUCAGACAGAAGUGGGUGAGCGCGGUGCUCAACUCUCGGGCGGACAGAAACAACGGAUUGCUAUUGCUCGUGCGAUAAUUAAGAAUCCUCCGAUUUUGCUGUUGGACGAAGCUACCAGCGCACUGGACACAGAGAGUGAACGCAUUGUGCAAGCAUCGCUAGACCGGCUACUUGCGAACUCGAACCGAACGACGAUUAUUGUUGCUCACCGGCUGUCCACCAUUCGCAAUGCCAAUCGUAUCGCAGUCCACAGCGGCGGUGCGAUUGUCGAGAUUGGCUCGCAUGAUGAAUUGAUGAAGCUGGACAAUGGACACUACCGCCUCCUGGUUCAGGCUCAGGACCGCGUGUCGAGCGAGGAGAAAGAAAAAAGCGCUGAUGGAGUUGUCACGGUAGAAAGCACGGAAUCACCUGAUGAUCCGCAUCUGCGCUCUGGUCGGUCAUCGCGACGAUCGGUGACCCGACAGAGUAAUUCAAGGAAGGAAGGCGGCGGUGACACGGUGGAUGAAGAUGAAAUCGGUGAUGUUGAUCUUCCUCCGGUCUCGAUGGCCCGAGUUUGGAAGAUGUCGGCACCAGAAUGGAAGUACAUGCUUGUCGGCUCUCUCGGCGCGGUUGCGAACGCUUCGGUCUUCCCGGUAUGGGGAGUUUUGUUGGUAAAUGUCACUGUGCUCUUUUUCAAACUUGACUACACCAAGGACGAGAUGAUGGACGAAGCGCGGUGGUGGGCACUUGGCUUUGUCGGCCUGGGAUUCACGUUUGCAUGCUCGAUUACCUUGCAACACUAUGGCUUUGCUGUGGUCUCGCAAAACCUCGUCACUCGUGUGCGAUCGGCCACCUUCAGGUCGAUGCUGCACCAAGAAAUCGGUUGGUUCGACUUGGAUGAGAACUCGUCUGGUGCGCUUGUGUCCCGUUUGGCAACCGACUCUGCAAUUUUGCAGGCCAUGACUUCCGAGACGCUCAAUCGAGGGUUGGUGAACCUCACCACGAUCGUCAUUGCUUUCUCAAUCGCGUUCUUUUACAGCUGGCAGAUGACCCUCAUCUUGCUGGCAGCCUUUCCCGUGCUCAUUGCAUCCUCGUUUAUUCAGGCCCAGCGCAUGGGGGGUACAUCUGGUAAUAAGAAGAACAACGAUGCUGACACGGCGGCAGGCUCACUGCUGGCCGAAGCGAUCGGAUCCAUUCGAACGGUAGCUUCAUUCAGCAUGGAGACGGCGCUAAAUACGAUGUACGUGGGCUACUUGAGCAUCUCGAAGGAAGCUGACGUCAAGAUUGGAAUCAUUGGGGGCAUGGCGUUUGGCAUCUCGCAGGGAGCGAUGUUCUUGGUGAUGGCGCUUCUCUUCUACAUCAGCGGUCGCUGGAUUUCGCGCGACAUCAUUACGUUCAAGGAUUUUUUCAUGGUUCUCAUGGUGGUCAUGCUCAGCACGUUUGCGAUCGGGAUGGCUGCCCAAGGCGCAACAGACGGGGCCAAGGCCAAACGGUCGGCCCAGCGCGUGUUCAAAGUCAUCGACCGGAAGCCGCUUAUCGAUGCAACUUCCGGCACGGGCCGUUCGCUCGACCACGUUAAUGGUGACAUCGAGUUCCGCAACGUUGAGUUCACGUAUCCUGCUCGUCCUGACGCCAAGAUCUACAAGAACUAUAGUUUAAAAGUCGCUCGUGGCCAGACUGUCGCGCUCGUGGGCGUCAGUGGAAGCGGCAAGAGCACGGCGAUCUCAUUGCUGGAACGGUUCUAUGACCCCGCUGCUGGUGUGGUUUCACUGGACGGUCACGAUCUCAAGGAGCUGAAUCUGCAGUGGCUGCGCGAGCACGUGUCGCUUGUUAGUCAGGAGCCGGUGCUGUUUGCAGGCACGAUUGCCGACAAUAUCGGACUUGGCAAGCCUUGUGCGACUCGAGAAGAGAUCAUUGAGGCGGCAAAGCAGGCCAACGCGUUUGACUUUAUCAGUAAUUUCCCGAACGGCUUUGACACGGAUGUCGGCGACCGAGGAGCUCAAGUAUCAGGUGGUCAGAAGCAGCGGAUUGCUAUCGCUCGCGCGAUCCUGCGAGACCCGGACGUGUUGCUGCUGGACGAAGCGACGAGUGCUUUGGACAAUGAAAGCGAGCGCGUGGUGCAGGCGUCUCUUGACCGGUUGCUCGCGCUCAAGCAGCGCACGACAAUAAUUGUGGCCCACCGGCUCUCCACUAUUCGCAAUGCGAAUGUCAUUGCGGUAACCUAUGAUGGCGCGAUAGUAGAGCAAGGCACACACGACCAGCUCAUGCUAUUGCCCAAUGGCGUUUACAAAGGUCUCGUGGCGCGCCAGGUGAAUGCGCACUAG